UUGAGCAACUAAGUCUGUUACUGAAGCCCUCUGCGAGCUUGGAUGCUGGGCAAGGGCGAGGGUGGGGCCACCAGGCAGUGAGCGCCCUCGGCGGCCGCGUGAUCCCGGGGGUGGGGCCCGUUUCUGAAUUGGGGCCAGCUCCCCACCCCCAAGGGGCCCCACAUUCCGGGCCAGCAGCCCAGAAAUUCCCUCCCUGCAGGCGGAGACAGCCCCAAAAAGUCGACGCCCCGGUCCCGCCGCCCGGCCACUACCCAGAGGGCUGCCGCCGCCUCUCCAAGUUCUUGUGGCCCCCGCGGUGCAGAGUAUGAGGCGCUGACGGCCAUGGAGGGCUACUGGCGCUUCCUGGCGCUGCUGGGGUCGGCACUGCUCGUCGGCUUCCUGUCGGUGAUCUUCGCCCUCGUCUGGGUCCUCCACUACCGAGAGGGGCUUGGCUGGGACGGGAGCGCACUCGAGUUUAACUGGCACCCGGUGCUCAUGGUCACCGGCUUCGUCUUCAUCCAGGGCAUCGCCAUCAUCGUCUACAGACUGCCAUGGACCUGGAAAUGCAGCAAGCUCCUGAUGAAAUCCAUCCAUGCAGGGUUAAAUGCAGUUGCUGCCAUUCUUGCAAUUAUCUCUGUGGUGGCCGUGUUUGAGAACCACAAUGUUAACAAUAUGGCCAAUAUGUACAGUCUGCACAGCUGGGUUGGACUGAUAGCUGUCAUAUGCUAUUUGUUACAGCUUCUUUCAGGUUUUUUAGUCUUUCUGCUUCCAUGGGCUCCGCUUUCUCUCCGCGCAUUUCUCAUGCCCAUACAUGUUUAUUCUGGACUUGUCAUCUUUGGAACAGUGAUUGCAACAGCACUUAUGGGAGUGACAGAGAAACUGAUUUUUUCCCUGAGAGAUCCUGCAUACAGUACAUUCCCACCAGAAGGUGUUUUCGUAAAUACCCUUGGCCUUCUGAUGCUGGUGUUCGGGGCCCUCAUUUUUUGGAUAGUCACCAGACCGCAAUGGAAACGUCCUAAGGAGCCAGGUUCUACCAUUCUUCAUCCAAAUGGAGGCACUGAACAGGGAGCAAGAGGUUCCAUGCCAGCCUACUCUGGCAACAACAUGGACAAAUCAGAUUCAGAGUUAAACAAUGAAGUAGCAGCAAGGAAAAGAAACUUAGCUCUGGAUGAGGCUGGGCAGAGAUCUACGAUGUAAAAUGCUGUAGAGAUAGAGCCAUAUAACUUCACGUUUCAAAACUAGCUCUACAGUUUAGCUUCUCCUAUUAGCCAUAUGAUAAUUGGGCUGUGUAGUAUCAAUAUUUACUUUAAUCACAAAGGAUGGUUUCUUGAAAUAAUUUGUGCUGAUUGAGGCCUAUGAACUGAGCUGAAUUGGAAAGGAUGUGAUUAAUCUAAAGAAUAGCAGAUAUAAGUUAUGGUUAUGUUGCCCUUAUCUUGUUGAGGACCACAGCAUUAGCACAGUGCCUUGUGCAGAACAGAUGCUUAAUAUGUGAAUAUGUGUCUACUAGUGGUUAAUUGGACAAACUGGCAGCAUCCCUGGCCUGUUGUAUGCAGUCAUUUCCUGUUAAUUCUGGGAGACAAUGAUUUCACAACUAGAGGGAAGCAGUCCUAAAAGUUUAAAAUCUGAUAGUGAAUAUCUGGGACAGGGUUUAGAUCAUGACGCUACACAGAUACCAUGAUGAGAGUAUAUUAAAGAAAUUUAGGAAAGCACCUGGUUCCUUUCUCCCCAUGCCUGCCUUCUGCUCCCUCUCCAGCUGGUUUGGGCUCAAAUUGUCCCUGGAGACUAGGGUUUAUGUUAGGGUAUUGAUAGAUUAGAGCAGGUGGUUGAAGAGAUCUUCUCUGGUUAGACUUGGAAGAAUUUCCAAAACUGAAGUUAGCCCCAAGACUUCCCUAGGGUUGAUGUACUUUAUGAUCCAGAUGCUAAACCUCUUAGAAUGAAAAUAUGCUUCAACACUUAAGUAGCAUACACUGCCCUACAAACCUCAAAGAGCACUUUUCCCCAAGUUCUUGUUUUUAUUUUUGAAAGUAUUCACAUGGCACUUACUAUGCUCCAAACACUCCUCUAAGCACUUUACAAAUAUUAGCUCAUUCAGUCCCCAGACAGACGGGAUGAAGUAGGUAUUGUUACUGUUCCCAUUUUACAGGUGAGAGAUUUGAAGCCUGGGGAGGCUCGUAACUCACCCCAAGGUCACACGGCUCAUACAUGGUGGGACUGAGACUCAGAUGCAGGCAGUCUGGCACCUCAGUCUGGAUUCUAACCAUUUCACUGUGCUAUUUUUGUCUUGUACUACUUUGACCCACCCCUGAAUAAACCUCAAUUCCGGAGUGGGGUGGAGUUAUUAAAGGGAUGCUUUUUACCUUUUGCUGUCUGCUGAGGCAGAUUCCCCAGAUAACCAAGGAAAAGGGGCCACCCAUACCUGGAAAUAGGCCAUAGGGCCCCUACCACUGCCAACAAGCCAUGGCCUACCUUGAUACUUGUUUGAUCUUAAAAUUGUGUCUUGGUAACACAAAGAUUUGGACAAGCACAUCUGUAGCUUUCAAGUUAAUUAAUUGCAAUAUUUUUUUCUUCAGGAUUUUAGCUGCUGAACAACUUUCAGUUUGGAGCUAAAAGGGACCUAUCUCAUGGUCUGCCCUUCCCUGGGGCAAUAGCUAGGGUCUUUCCUGAUUUUUAUGGAAUUUUAGGGGACAUUUUGAGCUUUGGGUUCUCAGUAGUGAAUUGAGACUUGGAGGUGACUUUUCUUGCUUGGAGUAUCAUCUCUGUCUGGGCUCUGGGCUGACAAAUUAAAACCUAGAGUAGUGCUUAUGCUGAAAUGAUACUUUUCAUUUUUUGGCUGAUUUUUUUGUCUUCCCUUCAAUUUUAAACUGAAGCAUUUUAAUGUGGGUAGAAACUCUACACCAAAUACACUAAACAUUUUGGUGCUUAGUGGAUUUCUUUUUAGGUAACUGGUACUUACUUCCAAAGACUGAAUACAGGCCACACUCCAUCAUAUCCCUUAAACGUCAUGAAAAACCAUUCAAGACCCCCUUGCUGCAACACUGUUCUCUUCUUCUCUACUAAAUUCUAUUUCCAAAAUUGGUAAUAGAGCCAGAAGGAUCCCCAGUACCCAGCCCUCUGCCUGGCACAAAGUGGUAGGACAAUUAAAUUCAGUAUGGGUAAAGCAUGGUACAGUCUUGGCGCCAUAGAAGGAGUAGUUGCAUAGUCACACAUCAUUUGAUAAGUUGGAUGUUCUAUUACAUAGAGGUACACAAAAUUCCAGGGUUUUUGGAGGAAAGGAUUAGAUAGUGACUAAGCUGCCAGAAUUGAGGCGGCCAUUCCUUUUUAUAUAGGCUAAGAAACAGGUUAUCAGUGUAAAGUUAAUUAUGGCUUUGGCACUAGAAUAGCUCUGUUGCAAAGUAUUUAAGCACCCCUCAUCUCAGCCCUUUAUUUUAUCUUUCAUGUGGGCUAAUGUGAGGAUAAUCUUACAGAUAUUAUAGGAAUUUCUUUUCUAUCUUUAUGAAAACAACGCAUAUAAAAUAUAUCUAGAAAACCUUUGUUUGAGACUCUUAUUUAAUGGGCUUUUGAUUCUAAUGAUAAUUGUACCUUUAUCUUUCAAAAGCUGAUAUUUCCUACCUAAGCAUCUCCCCAGAAAAAUAUCUCAUUAAAAAGCCCACAAAUAAUAGGGGAGAAGAAAGCCUUAGGUAUCAAUUCCAAAACAGUGAUUGAAAUUUCCCAAAAUAAUUAUGGCUUCUGUCAUCUCCAGAAAUAAUCUGGCUUGGUUUACCCCGUAAUCUAAUUUCAGAAAAGAAAUCUUUAUUUUAACACUCAUCUGAAUCAACAUUAAAGCCUUUUCUCUCAAAGCGUUUAUUGAGAAACUCAAAUGAAUAUACUUUUUGAAUUAAUGUCAUCAAAACUGUACGGCUUCCUGUGCUGCUUGUGUCAAAUGGAACCUGCCCUCUAAAGCACUUUCUUUCCUUUACUUGUGUGGUUUCACGUAAACUGUGCUGUUUAGAAACAUCUUAGACUUUACAGAGAAAUGACAAGGCAAUUGCACUUUUUAAGGGAUACAGACAAGCAGUUUCUGUUUUCUAAAGGACAAAAUAUAGAGUGUGUGUCAUUUUUAAUUAGAUUCUUUCCCCUGCUGAGUUGGAAAUUCUAGUGCAGCACUGAUUGACCACAGUUGCCAAUCUAAAAGCACAAGGACAGAAGUAAAGCUUUAUGCUAAUUUUAUUUCGAUAUGAUAGAAAAUUUAUCUUGGUAUGUCCUUUUUUAGAUAACUCCAGCAGAAAACUGUAACUGCUAUGUCUUUAGGAAAAUGUAGAAGAAAGAACAUUAUUAUUCUUUAAUUCCUACGAGGUACUUGAAAACCUUAAGUGGAAAAGAUUUCUAUCUUUUUAUCUUAGCGCAUUUAUGGAAAAAAUAUUAACUAUCCUGAAUAUUUUAUAAUUUUGUAGGAAAAAUAUGUAUCUAUUUUUUCUUCUUUUUAUAUAGUAAUAAAAGUUAUUUUGGAAGCU